CUAGAUAUUACAGCUUUCAUGCUGAAUGUUUUUUUUUGUUUACUCUUUUGUGUGCUUCGUGCCAAGUAUAGUUUUUGUAUUUUCUAUUCCUAGCUUUCAUGCUAGCGCCCUUGGUUUAUUUUUGUCCGUUAGCUCCAGUGUUUUUGUUCAUAGUCUGUUUUUGGUAAGGUUAAUAAAUCAUUUAAACUUACCGUUGCUGUGUUCAUGCCGACGCAUCCACGAAGGGACCAAUUUGGCAUCACUAUGCCAACCAGUCGUAACAUUUUAAGCAUGUUUCUUAUUUAUUCUGACCCCGUUUUUUACUUGUUUUUAGUACAUUUUCAUUUCUUCUUUACCCUGAUUCUCUUUUUCUGCUCUGUGACUAGGGAAGGUUGUUUGGAUUGGGUCAUAUCAGUAAUUACUGUGUUACAUCUACUUAAAAAACACAGAUAUUGGCAGUUUGUUAAUAAAAUGGAUACACUACAUCAAAUUGUUAAGCUCGUGUUUGAGCACCCCCUGUGAUAUACCAUUGGACCAACUAGGAUCUUUUUGUCCGUCUUGUGAAUUCCAGAGUGCAGUUUUUUUUAACCAGGUUGACGUGAAGGUUGCACCACCCAUUGAGGCACACCUCCCACUGAUUAGUGUCUUGGGUGAUGUUCUUAUCCGAAAUGUGAUUUUACUCUUAUGACCAUGUCUCAUUAGGUUUGAGUCAUUUGGUGCCGGACACACACACACACACACACAGACACACGCACACCCACGCACACACACUUUCUCUAUAUAUAAGAUGCAACAGUAGAUUGAUAAGGCUUGGAAGUGUUUCCCGACAGGCGUGUCAAAGAGGUGCACCAGGUUGAACUUUGCAGAAGAACUUGUCGUGACUUCGGACCAGCAGAACCCCCAAGACUCAAUGGACAAAGGAACACAUACCAGUAAAAGUGAGCAGGGCAGCAAUGGAAGCGCCUCUGAGCAAGGCAGGGCCACGAUCGUCUUUUCUCUGAAAAACCAAAUCGGUGGCCUGGCUAACGCUCUCAAGGUAUUCCAGGAAAAACACGUCAACCUGGUUCACGUCGAGUCCCGGAAGUCCAGACAAAAUCAUUCUGAAUUGGAGAUCUUUGUGGAUUGUGACGGCGACCGCCGGCAGCUCGAAAUGCUGACUCAGCUGCUCCGGAAGCAAACGGACAUCGUUGAAAUAGCUGUUGACUCCGCCCCCCCUGGUGACGAUGUUCCGGGUGUUCCCUGGUUCCCGAAGAAGGUCUCCGAUUUGGAUUUCUGCAACCAGGUUCUGAUGUAUGGAUCAGAGUUGGACGCCGAUCACCCGGGAUUCCAGGACAGCGUUUACCGCCAGAGGAGGAAACACUUUGCAGAUCUGGCUUCCAACUACAAGCACGGAGACCCGAUCCCUCGCGUGGAGUUCACGGCGGUUGAGGUGCAGACCUGGACUCGGGUGUACCGGGAACUCAACAAGCUGUAUCCCACCCACGCCUGUCGGGAAUACUUGAAGAACAUCCCCCUGCUGGUGGAGCAGUGUCACUACAGGGAGGACAACAUCCCCCAGCUGGAGGAUGUUUCAUGCUUCCUCAAAGAGCGCACAGGUUUCUCCAUCAGGCCCGUAGCAGGCUACUUGUCGCCCAGGGACUUCCUAGCAGGUCUGGCCUUUAGAGUCUUCUACUGCACUCAGUACAUCCGCCACGCCUCAGACCCCUUCUACACGCCUGAACCGGACACCUGUCACGAGCUGCUGGGUCACGUCCCCCUGCUGGCCGAGCCCAGCUUCGCUCAGUUUUCUCAGGAACUCGGACUGGCGUCGCUCGGCGCCUCCGACGACGCGGUGAAGAAAUUGGCCACGUGUUACUUCUUCACCGUGGAGUUUGGACUCUGCAAGCAGGAUGGCAGCCUGCGGGUCUACGGAGCUGGACUGCUCUCGUGCAUCAGCGAGCUCAAGCACGCAUUGACGGACAAGGCUCGCGUCCUUCCGUUCGAGCCCGCCGUGACCUGCAAUCAGGAGUGCAUCAUCACGGCGUUCCAGGACGUCUACUUUGCUGCGGAGAGUUUUGAGGAAGCCAAGAACAAGAUGCGGGAGUUCGCCAAAACCAUCCGUCGCCCCUUCGCCAUCCGCUACGACCCGUACACUCAGAGCGUGGAGGUCCUGAAAGACGUGGGGAGCAUCAGCAACAUGGUUAAGGACAUAAGACAUGAGCUCGACAUCGUGGAGGACGCCCUGGACCGGCUCUACAAGUGCCCCAGACUCGGAGGCCAGAGCGAAGAAUAAUUGAAUUGAAUUGAAUUGGGUUCUUGGUAGAUUUGAAUCCGUAAGUUUCCUUUUGCUUUCCUUUUGUUUCAGGGUGGAGGAAAAAGUGUACUUUCCACCACAUCCUUCUUAGGAAGUGUUCAGUCUUUUCUAUGAGUCUUUGCCUGUAGUCCUUCUGCGCGGGUAUGGGAAUGUAACUGUCGCAAGAAACCUGAUUGCCCUCUCAACGGAGGGUGCUUACAAACAUCAGUCGUUUACCAAGCAAAGGUAACACGCAAGGACAUUAACACAUCCGACACGUACGUAGGAUUAACCGAAGGAGCGUUUAAAACCAGAUGGAAUAAUCGCAAGGCCUCCUUAAGAAACCAGACUUUGCGGAAUUCUACAGAACUCAGAAAGCACAUUUGGAACCUCAAAGACAAUAAUGUUGAAUAUUCAAUAACAUGGCAAAUUGAAAUAUUUAUUUCAAACCUGCACAGCACAACUAAACACAGUUUUUUUUUUGUUUUUUUUUUACAUUUUGCCAGAGAUAUUUAUGCAAGGCUUGAAAAGGGGUUGGAGGAAGCAGAUGCUUAUAAUAUCCCAACCCCACAUUUAACAUAAACAAUAUAAUACAAGAACAAUACAAGAAAAACUCCUGUAGACUAACAAUACGAUAGUACCACUUUUACUAUGAGACAAGACGAGACAAAACACACACACACACACACACACACACACACCUUCUGACCAUACACCUCUCUCCCAUCGCUCCAUGCUGAGGGCAUCACUCUCUUUCCUCCUCGUACUUUUUCAGUACUUCUUUUAUAAUAAUGGUCUUGGGUGGAAAAAAAAUAUGACUUAAUGAUUAAAUUUGGAAAUGUUGGAAA